AUGGGUGGCUCUCUCUCCAAGGCCCUUGGCAAGCUCUUCGGCAACAAGGAGAUGCGCAUUCUGAUGCUUGGUCUUGAUGCUGCAGGAAAGACUACUAUCCUCUACAAGCUCAAGCUCAACCAGUCUGUUACCACCAUCCCCACUGUCGGUUUCAAUGUCGAGACAGUUACGUAUAAGAACGUCAAGUUCAAUGUCUGGGAUGUCGGAGGUCAGGACAAGAUUCGUCCUCUCUGGAGGCACUACUACACCGGAACUCAGGGUCUUAUCUUCGUUAUCGACUCUGCGGACCGCGAUCGUAUCGACGAGGCGCGUCUGGAGCUGGAGCGUAUUCUGGCGGACCGGGAAAUGAAGGACUGUCUGUUGAUGGUGUUCGCGAACAAGCAGGACAUCCAGGGAGCCAUGUCACCCGCUGAGGUAACUGAGAAGCUUGGCCUGCACAAGAUGAGGGACCGCUCGUGGUAUGUCCACCCUAGCUGCGCCACGACCGGUGAGGGACUGUUUGAGGGAUUGCAGUGGCUUUCGCAGAACGUCAAGGGUACGAAAGCCUAA